CUCAUAAACUACCCGGCCAGUGCCGUGGAAGUGGGUGCAGUGGUCAACGACGCGUUCCGUUGAGUCAGACUCUGACAGUAUUUAAUCGAAAGUCGUAGAGAACGUUUCUCGGAUCGAACGUCGCUUUUUAUGAAUCAACCAUGUUCGGCGAUCGAUCGGUGGAAGCUGUGAGUUUCGACUCGCAAUUGUCAAUAGCAAAAUCGCAACUAUCGGCGAACGUGCAAACGACGGAAAUAGUUUACAACGAGAGACCCGCGCAAACGGUCGAGACUAGGACGAUCGAGACUCAAACGGUGACCGGAGAUGAAAGGGAACCGAAGGUGAACUACGAUAGAUUGGCAGAAUUUUUAAAUAGAGUGACACCGAAUGUGUUGGAAGCGUUGGACGAGUCGUAUGGAACCGAUGCGUUCGACGAUUAUGAGCCGAACACCGACGAGGAAUCGGUCGCUGGUACUCGAUUGCUGCAAACCAUUAAAACCACCGGUGGAUCGGAUUCGCAGAUGAAGAUGACCGAUAUGUGUUGGAGCAUCGGGGGAGGAACCCUGGUCGUUUCCUAUGGCGUUACUCAGCACCGCACAUGGUGCGAACAUUUGUCCAAGAUAGUGCUGUACGAGCGAACGAGACAGGGUGGUACUUUCGCCGACGAACCGAGCAAGACGUUAGAAGCUAACGGAUGUGUGACUGCGAUGGCUCAUCAUCCGACCGAACCGUCGAUCGUAGCAGUCGGCUUGUUCAACGGAGACGUCGUAGUAUGGAACUUGAGGGAAGACGCGAGCUCGGCCCCGGCGACGGUAGUUUGCACGCACGACGACAGCGUGACUGGAGUCCACUGGAACGCGAGGACCGCCAACGGCGACGUAUCGUUGCUGACCACUUCUGGCAAGGACGGUCACAUCUUGGUUCAUAAAAUGACUGCGAACCAUACGAUCGCUCGCGCAUUCAAACGAUUGAAAGUCGCUAAGGAACAUGAUCAAACGGAGAGCUCGAGGACGCGCAGUGCCGGCGGAACGCGCGAAGCCCGAGCUGUCGAGCCUGGAUCGUGCGUCACUACCUUCGAUUUCUCGUCCAAGGAUCCCAUGUUCUUUGUCGUUGGUACCUUGUCCGGUGGAUUGUAUAAGUGUACCAUGGACCCGGUCGUCCCUACUGUCCAAGGCGACGAUGCGACGGUGGAUCCUGUGAUAGCCGAGUACGAGAGAUACGAAGGUGGUAGCGUGACGUGCGUCCGAUGUUCUCCGACUCGGAGUAUCUUCGUCGCUGCCGGGACGGACAAGGAGAUUCGCAUAUACGAUUUCGAAAAGCACGAUUGCCUGCAUUCGAUCUCUUCAGAAAAUACGAUCAUAGGUUUGACGUGGAUGACCUGGAAUCGAGAUAUUUUAGCGACUUACGGAGUCGGCCCGAAGAUCGGACUGUAUGACGUCACCGACGGUAGACUCGUGACUAACGCGAAUUUUGAAUCACCGGAUAGACAAAAUUCUAGUUGUCUCUGUGUCGAUCCUAAUGAGAAUUUGGUGGCGAUUGGUGAUACCCGAGGAAACUUAGAGAUCUGGAAGGUACCGAGACGAUUGUGACCGAAUUAUAAGGAUCGAAAACAAGCCUUCGAGCAUUACGCGAUGGAUAAUAAAAAAUAAAAAUAAGUUCUUUCCUUUUCCUG